GUUUCAGCAAGACAGGAAAUAUGCCAACGCCCUGACAAUGGAAAUCUCUGCUCCACAUCCUCUAGUGAGGCUUCCGCGCACUGCACGACCAGAUGCUGCGACUCAUGUUGGCCCAGUUUUCACAGUGCGUGACGGAUCAAAAAGAAGGAGGAAGGAAAUUUGUGCUGCGGUGGAUGGAAACUCUCUGAAUAUAUACGAAGCGCAAGAUGGAAAUAUCUUGACCUCAUAUCCGGUACCACCAAAUUCUUCCUUCUCCGGUCCGCCAUGCUCAAUCCGUGUUGCGGUAGAUGACAAGACACACCGAAAAUCCUAUUGUGCCAUAAAGCUGCAGUCCUUGCAGAUACAAUUAUUCGAAAGCCUUGAUGGUGAACAGCAGGAUGUCAAAUCUGUCAGAAGUCCUCAACUCGACGGACAGGAGCCUGUCCUGCUUGUUGAUGUCUUGCCGCUUUCCGGAAACCAAGUCCUAGUCGCCCAAGCCAAUGGUAACCUUACAAUAUUUUCUGCGGAUCUGGAUAGAAGAGUAGCCAGGAUAUCAUUGAAUACUAAAGAGCAUCCUUACCUCCAGGUUCUUGCGGUACAGCACCUCACGUCGGCGGAUGCAGAGAAGUCGGUCUUGAAGCAGCGAUCGGACCUGCUAGGUGAUAUCAAGGCUAAUACUUCUUACAUCGCUCUCGCAUACACCAAGGCUCUACCUGAUGAUGACGAUCGAAGACUGUUCUACGGUGUGUGGCCAGUCAACCUCACCGAAGGGGGAAAUCUGCUUCAAAUGGCCUCUGUUACGCCCUUGUUUGAACAUGAAAUCCUGCAGCAUGGCAACGCAAAGGAUAGGCGCUGCACCUUCGGCCACCAUGCUUCUCAUCUUUAUGUUAAGUCUGGAGCAACAUUUUCGACGUAUGAUCUCUCGAAGGUGAUACCUGCUUCUGUUUCUACCUUAAACACCGCUGUCAAUGGGAGCUAUGAAAUCAUGGCCAUCACACCGGCAUUCGCCAUUUUCUCUUUCCAAGAUUCUCUGCGGCUUUAUGACCUGAAAUAUCAAUCGAUACGACUGCAACAGAACACCUCCAGGACCAGUCUUAAACGAAAACGACACCGAAUGACUGCGGAAGGUCAAAUUGGCCCUGUGGAAUUCAUCACAUACCUGAGCCACUCAGCACGUGUCAUUGGAAGACGUCGCCAUCAUCUGGUCGCGAUCGAUGUAUCCUUAUCAACUGGUUCUAAGAAGGAGUUACAAGUCGGAAGUCAAUUGCUUCAGAAUAUUGGACUCGGCGUCAACCUUCAUGUCGAAGCAUGUCGCUUAGGUGGAAACUUUCCGAAACUUUCCAUCGGCUCAUCUGGCGACAAUGUAUUGUCAAGUAAGGGUUGGGCUCUCGUACGAAAGAGGCUCGAUGAAUUGUCAGAAGCAGGUGAUGUAAUGGGUUUCGAGGAGGCAUUCGCCACGGACCUCAUGUCGGGUUCGCUGCAGUCAUCCUUGCCUCAAACUAUGGUCGAAGAUCUCCCUUCAACUCGUCUGGCGAUCCCAGAUGUCAAAAUCAACUAUCUCCUAGCCAAGAUAUUCCACAUCGACUCGCUCCAAAGCGUCACCCAAGAUGGACACUCUGAUGCAAGGCUGAAGAUUCAGCUUCCCUCAUUCAAGUUGAUAAUCUGGCUUUCGAGAUUGGGUUUGCUCUCUCAUAUUGGAGUGAAGCGAGCCGUAUCAGCACAUAGCUCUAGAUCCGCGGAGCAUGUGAAACUUCAAUCUAUUGCAGGUGCACUUCUGGAGGUCGAUCCAAGCCUGAAGUUACUAAUUGAAUGCCUCGAGGCUGGAUUCAGUCCAUACGUCGACGAGCAAGCUACGGUAGCCCAGACGCUUCUGGCUCGAGCAUUGACCGUCGUAGCUGAUGCGGCUUCAGCUCCGAAAUCAGAUGCAACGAGUCCUGAAGGAGGUGGCAUACCGGAUAUGCAAAUACAGACAUUGGAGACAUCCACUUCCGAUCCAACGUGGUUGCCACCUCAGCUCCAGAAAGCAUUGAUUUUGUCAUUGAACAAGUUGGGUGCCGGCUCGACCCAAACAAUCACCAAGAGUCUGAGAUCCCUUUUCACCCAACGCGAGACAUUAGCUCUAAUCCAGUUUUUACGCCAACAGCUGUUUCAGGGUGGCCACACGCGAUCGUUCCAAAGCAUGCCUCCCAUAGAGACCGACAGCAAGGUCUCAGUCAUGCAGCUCAGCGCGAUUAUCAACAUCUUAACAAGUUGUGUAGAUGCUAUCGGGCCUCUGGGACUUAUCGGUGCUCUGGAAAACGAGGAUUUUGUUGGCAAUAUAAUUCCAGAUCUUGUGACUGAAAUUACACACGCCACCGAGAGCCUGGGGGAUGCCACCGAACUGCAAGGUAUACUCCGAGAGACGCUGAGGUACGAGGAAUCGAUACGAAAGCAUGAGAGUGCAGGUGGUCGUCUCCAAGUCAGUGGCCCAGCUGCCAGACUUACCCAACAGCCCGGAAAGAUAGUCACAUUAUACUCCGAAAACACCAAAGAAGACGAUGGCUUCCAGCUGCGUGGCGGACUCCCACUUGCCCUUCGAGCCGACAAUGUGAUCAGUCCGUACAAGGUCAGAAAAGGAGGUGGGCAGGUGUUGAAGCGGAGUGCUCGAGAAAUGAGCAUGUUGGAGAGCAUGAGUAAGGGGCAAUAUUCGUUUGAGCGUUUAGUUCUGUAGGUCAGCGGAGUGAGCAUGCAGAUGAAUCGAAUUGAAC